AGAGAGAGAGAUAUACGGGGGAUCCUAGGCACUAGGACCCUGCAGGUGCACCAUAAUGUGAUUUCACUAGUUGCGGUGCGGUUGCAGCAUUGUGGGCUCGGAGGACGACAGAGAGGUAGCGCCCGUGGAUGGAGCAGCACCCCUUAUAAACACGGCCGGGGAGGAACACGGAAAACGCCGUCAUCUUUUGAAUUUACAACUCCAGAAACGAAGCAUCCCAAACUUUUUGCCGCAAAAGAGACUUUUUUUUGUGUCUGGGAGAUUUAUUUGACCACAGUUUAUUUUGACAACAGUGACCAAUAUGGCUUCGUCUGUCAGCGGCACAGAGGAGGUGCGGGUCUCGUCCGUGACGCCCCUGAAGUUGGUGGGGCUGGCGUGCGUGUUCCUCGCGAUGAGCCUGGACGUGGGCUCCCUGCUGAGCCCCGCUUGGGUCACGGCGGACGACCAGUACUCUCUGUCGCUCUGGGAGUCCUGCUGGAAGCCCGUCAGCUCCCCCGCCUGGUCCUGCCAAACCACGCUGACAACGGACUGGCAGAUCGCCACGGUGGCCCUCCUGCUGGGCGGGGCCGCCCUGAUCCUGCUCUCCUUCCUGGUGGCCCUCGUCUCGCUCUGCGUCGGCUCCACCGGCCGCUGCUACAAGCCUGUGGCCAUCAUGCUGUUCGCGGCAGUGGUGCUCCAGGUGUGCAGCCUGGUGCUCUUCCCCAUCAAGUUCAUCGAGACGGUGAGCCUGCGGGUGUACCACGAGUUCAACUGGGGCUACGGUCUGGCCUGGGGCUCCACCAUCUUCUCCUUCGGGGGCGGCAUCCUGUACUGCCUCAACCCCAAGAACUACGAGGACUACUACUAAAAGCUCCCCCCCCACCCAGACCUGAGAGGAGGGCAUCUUGGGUCCUGGGGGGUCCCGCCCGCGACCCCCCAGGACCCCCGUCGGCAGGCGCACGUCCCCUUUUCUUGUACCCCAGGUCCGAGAUUGUGACGGACAGACGCGGUGCAGCGGGCGCGGGUUUGAAGGGGACCAAACGGAGCUCCCUUCCUCCCCCCCCCCCCCCCCCCCCCCGUCUCCAGUCUCACAUCGUAUCAAACACGGCCAACAAACAGUCUCACACCUAAACUAGAAGGUUGAAAACGUUCCACCCGACACGGCGUCGACUCCAGGAACCCACCCCACUAAAUGGAUUCAGGCCCCCUUUCUGGAAAGGAAUUACCGCGUCACAGAGUGCAGUCGGUAAGCCAAAACCAAUUUGAAGAGCGAGCGCGCAGAGUGGAGGCAGUUCCUAUUUCGUGGGCAGACAGCGGCCCACGAAGACGGGGGGAGGGGGAGGGGGGGGGGGAAGCUGACCGGACGAGUGGAGAUGUCCAGGGAGGAAGAGCUCCUAUUCAAGUGAUAUCCUGAGGAUGGCAAUGACUCCACCUAAUGGAUUCCUCCGUCGACCCCCCCCCCCCCCAACAGGACCAGAUGUCGAGCAUACACUCAUAUUUGUAUUUUUGAUUUUAUUGCAUUGUAUCGGUUGAAUGUUACAGCGCAUGUUUUUAACCAUGUAGAGUGAUUAAUAUACACACAAAGAACGGAUCACCACAUACAACACGCUGAUUCAGCCAUCAGUGGUCGCUUAUUUAUUAUAAUAAUGGCAAGAGCACACGUCCCAGAGUUCAGAGGAUGAACACCAACACACUUUUAAAAAUCAAUGCCAUCACCUCUGUCAGAACAAAACAUGUACAUCAAAUCCAGUGUGGGAGCCGACAUGGCAGAAGACGUCUGAUGGCUAACGCUAACUGGGCUAGCUCCUAGAGUGAAGUGGCGGUACGCUAUGGAAGGGUUCACAGUUAGUGCAGUGCAGGGUUUUCAAAGGGCUGUUUGUUCCAAAUAGACUAGCAGAGAGGGGGGGGGGGGGGGGGGAGAGAACCAGAGGGGUGAAUGACCGUGGUGCGAGAGAUUGUGUGUGUGUGUGUGUGCGCGUGCGAGUGUGUUUGUGUGCAGGAGAGAUUGUGCAAGUGUGUGUGUGUGUGCGAGUGUGUGUGUGUGUGUGUGUGCAAUCGAGUGUGGGUUUAUGUGUGCAAGUGUGCGUGUGUGUGUGUCUCUCACACCCACCUCCCCAUGUGACACCCUUUAUCUCUGCUGUCUGUGGGAACACGGCGGACAUGUUGAAUAUACUCCGGGCCUUCAGACCGGGUUGUUUAUGCGCUGUAGGAGUUUACUUUCUGCCCAAGGUUGUGGGGAGGUUGGGGGACGCGUUGCAGUGCAGGGAUCCGGGCAGCGAGCGACGUUAUGAGGAGUGCAUUCAAGUGGAGGUUUAGGACUCAAUCCCAAAACAAAACCAGUGUAAACCAGUGUUACUUACCAAGGUCUAGACAUUUCCCAACCCCGCACACACGCACGCACACGCACACUAAACUGGGUUGAGUGUGGAUGAGUUUGUUGAGUUUGAACAUAAUUCUACUUUUUGUUCCUGAUACUUGUUCCUUUUGGCAAAAUAAACGUUAAAAGAACACAAAAAAA